AUGAUUAAAGACGAUUGGUUAAAACCGAAAAUGAUGAAAGAGAGAGAUGUUAUGAUAAAACGAGCGCGAAUAGCACUUCUUCCAGUCUUCGGUAUUUCAAUGAGAUAUUUGACAAAUAAAACGGAUCCAGGCAAAUUAGUGCCGCUACAAACAUAUUAUAUAUACGACCGAGAUAAAAGUCCAUUUUACGAAGUAACUUAUAUCAUGCAGAGUCUCGGCUUGUCGGCGGCAGCUAUUAUGUACACUGGUGUAGAUAGUUUUUUAAGUUUAUUAGUUUUUCACGUAUGUGGUCAGUUGGAAAAUCUCAAAAUACGUAUCAUCCAUAUGGAUAAGUUUCAAAAUUUCGAAAAUGCUUUAUCACAAAUGACUCAAGGUCGCGAUUUGUCGAUACCACGUUUAACUUUCAUUAUAACGAUAUUUUUCAAUGCAUUCAUACACACAUGUCUCUAUUGCGCUGUAGGAGAAAUUUUGGUUGCACAGUGCGAAGGAGUUUAUCAAGCUACAUACAAAUACAAGUGGUAUAACUUGGAGCCAAAGAAAGCAAAAAACUUAAUGAUGAUAAUGAUUCGAGCCAACAAAUCGAUGUACCUCACCGCCGGAAAACUGUUCCCUAUGACGAUGUCUACAUUUUGUAACUUAUUAAAGACAUCGGGCGGUUAUAUAUCGGUUUUGCUGACACAUCAAGGAUAA